CUGAGCUGACCGUUUGUGACUGAUAUCCGCCCCCUUCACAAAAUACGAUGAGUUCUCUGCUUAUUUUCCUUUCUCUUUUAGCUGUCCCACCAUGUGUUCUCUCAGAAAUCCGGCUGGAGCAGUGGGGAACAGAGCAGGUGAAGCCCACGGAGUCUGCCAAACUUACUUGUGCUGUUUACGGUACCUCUGUUGAUGGCAACGCUUGGAGCUGGAUCCGGCAGCCUCCUGGAAAGAGGCUGGAGUGGUUGGGAGUGAUCUGGAGCAGUGGAUCAACUGACUACAGCGCGGGUAUCAAAGAUCGAAUCAGCAUCACCAGAGACAGCUCUAAAGGUCAAGUCUAUUUGCAGCUGAACAAGAUGAAAGCUGCGGACACCGCCACCUAUUACUGCGCUAGACGGCACAGUGACACGGAGCAACCGAGCGCUCAUGCAAAAUCCUUCCUGCCGGAAGUUAGAAGAAUAUUGUGUUACCGCUGUUUUUAUACCGAUAUUAAUGGCCUUUCUUUGUUCUCAGGUGUCCGGUCCCAGGUGCAGCUGGUGGAGUCCGGAGGGGAUGUGAAAAAGCCCGGAGACUCUCUCCGCCUCUCCUGCAAAGCCUCCGGGUUCACCUUCAGCAGCUACAAUAUGGACUGGGUCCGACAGGCUCCUGGCAAGGGACUAGAAUGGGUCGCUUUUAUAAGCACUGAUGGGAGUAGUACAUACUACCCUGAUUCAGUGAAAGGCCGAUUCACCAUCUCCCGGGAUAAUCCCAAGAGUGAGCUGUAUCUGCAAAUGACCGGCCUGAAGCCCGAGGACACCGCCCGCUAUUACUGUGCGAGAGACACAGUGACACGAAACCGGUUUGUGAUCAUACAAAAACCCAGGCUGCGGAAUCGCGCUUCUCCCGGCAGCCGCGCGGGGGCAGCAGUGACACACACACCGCUCCGGGCUGGGACAGGAGACCCGGCACCCGGGUGAAUGUAACACAAACCUCCCGGCAGUUUUAACCCUUCCGUUACCGGGCAAUGUGUCUCCCCUUCCGGCCUAGAGCCUCGCUGGCCCUGCGGCGCAGAGAUCUCUCGCUUCAUCUGUGAACCCCAAUCCGGAGUGAGUCCUGUUCUGAGUCGCUCUCCCCUCGCUG